AUAGAAAAUCAACAUGGUUCUCCUUAGUCCUGCCUUCUUCAUUCAAACGACUGUCCUCUUCAAACUUAUACCCUUAAAGUCUACUGAAAACGACAACAAUGGAAUAAGCAGACAAAUAAAAGGACGUCGAAAUUAAAGUUGUUGAGAGUAUCUUGUGGUGUACAAAUCGACAAAGAAACGAUAUACUUCACUUAAGAAAUGACGGCAGAUAAUUCAAUUCAUUAUGGAAGAGGACAUGAAAAAAGAUAAUUUGAAGCAGCAACUGCUGAAAUGUGCAGAAAAUCAACCUUCUGGUUGUAGCAAUGGUGAUGAGGGCAGUAUCACAACUGUUCUCGCCUUCAGUGUCUUUUUUGCUGUUUGUGGUUCCUUUACUGCUGGUUGUACUAAAGGAUAUUCCUCUCCAAUCCAGUCUCAAAUCAUCUCUGACAUAGGCCUUUCAACAGCAGAUUAUUCUCUAUUUGGAUCCAUGUUGGCAAUUGGAGGACUAUUAGGCUCGUUCAUGUGUGGAAAAAUAACAGAUUAUCUUGGCCGCCGAGGAGCUAUGGGGUUGAGUGACAUACUCUUCCUUUUUGGUUGGCUUGCUAUAGCACUUUCAAAGGAUGCUUGGUCUCUUGUUCUUGGUAGACUGUUAUUAGGCUUUUCAAACUCACUCGUCGUGUACACGGUUCCAAUAUACAUAGCAGAAAUAACGCCAAAGAACCUUCGAGGAGGCUCAGUAUUAAUUUUUCAGUUAAUGAUGAGCUCUGGUAUAACUCUCAUGUAUACUAUUGGGUUGAUAACUCGGUGGCGCAUCUUGGCUUUGAUUGGUAUUAUUCCAUGCAUAAUCCAGCUUUGUGGUUUGUGGUUCAUUCCAGAGUCUCCUAGAUGGCUUGUGAAAUUUGGCCAUGUUAAAAGCUUUGAGGCAGCUCUUCAACGCCUUAGAGGAGAAAAUGUGGACAUAUCCCAGGAAGCAACAGACAUCAAAGGCUACAUCGAAGCUCCUGAGAAUAAGGAAGCAGAAUUCUUUAGUGUCUUUUCUAGGAAGUAUACAUUCGCACUCACUGUUGGCCUUGGUGUCAUGGCGUUAUCAGGAUUAGCUGGAACAUCUGGGGUCCUAUAUUAUGCAACUUCCAUCUUUCAAUCAGCCGGAUUUUCAGUUAGCAUAGGGACUGUAUUAAUGGCUCUUCUGCAGCUUCCACCACUUUUCCUUGGUGUUUUUUUGAUGGACAAGUACGGAAGAAGACCACUUUUGAUGUUUUCUGCAGGUGGGUUAGUUGCAGCUUGUCUUUCGCUGGCAUUAUCCUUCUUUUUAAAGGAACACGGCUGGUUUAUCGAGCAUAGUCCCUAUUUAGCCUUCAUUGGCAUUAUGAUAUUUUCUUUAUCAUUCCCUUUGGGCUUUGGAGGGAUACCUUUUAUCAUAAUGUCAGAGAUUUUCCCCAUGGACGUAAAAUGGGCUGCUGGAAGUCUGGCUAUAGUCGUUAAACAUAUGUGCGAUUUUAUCGUUUCCUACUCUUUUAACUUCAUGAUGAAUUGGAGCUCUUCAGGCACAUUCUUCAUAUUUACAAGCAUCAAUAUGUUCUCUGUGUUGUUUGCUACAAAAUUUGUGCCAGAGACAAAGGGCCGAUCUUUGGAGGAGUUACAGGACUCACUGAACCCCCAUUUUGCAUCCAAGACAAAUGUCUAGUUGUUUACGAUGGACAAACUUCGAGUACAUUUAAAUCGAUUUCUGAAAAGAACUUGCUUUACAUCAAAAUUCCAGAUAUUAUAUGUUAAACUCUUAUCGGCAAAUAUUAAUUUUCUAUAAACAAAUUUAUUUAAUUUGAUAUCAUAUACUCUGUACGAAAAUACUUGUGUAGCAUAGUUUUGCAAGUUAGUUGGGGUGAGAUUUUAUAUCCAUAAUUACAUUCAAUUUCAUUUUCAUACCACAAUUUUAUAUGAUUUGUUAUC